AUGAGGAGGCUACCUGGGCCCUUGUUGGCGACAUCACCCUUCACACCGCGGCCACCGACCGUGCCUCGGACCGCACCAUGGCCGGCGCAGUUGCGACCACAGGCUGCCUCUCUAUCGACAACGGCAGCGCGAGCAGAGUCUUCCCGCGAGAAACCACGAGCGCAGCCUUUUCGCUUCGAGACCGGAGUCUCGCUCUUUGCGAAACGAGCCCCGCGGCCUUUCCCGCCGCCCUUUCUUUCCCCGCCGUCCGGCUCCUUCUCCGAUCCGCUCAGCACCCAUCACCGAAGCCGCGACCGCCGUGCCAGAGUUAACGGAGAGAUCAUCCUCGGGCAGACGAAUGGAGAUGACGCGGUGUUCGCCAGUGACAACUUCAUCUGCGCCAACGACGGCGUUGGCGCUUGGUCGACACGCCCAAGGGGGCAUGCUGGUCUCUGGUCGCGCUUGAUCCUUCAUUUCUGGGCUACGGCUAUGAAGCAAGAUGUCGCAAAUCCACGAUCCCAAGAAGUCUACAAACCCGAUCCGAUAGCGUACCUCCAGAUGGCAUACGAGCAAACCCUGAAAGCGACAUCGGACCCCGAUUGGCAAGGCACGACAACGGCAAGCGGAGCGCAGUUGCACUACAAGACCGUCGACGAUAGCGAAGACGUCCCUCAAGUCUAUGUGACCAACCUCGGCGACUCCCAGAUUAUGAUUUUACGGCCCAAGCAUAAGAAGGUUAUCUACAAAACCAAGGAGCAGUGGCACUGGUUCGAUUGCCCGCGUCAGCUUGGUACCAACAGCCCCGAUACACCGGAGAAGAAUGCGGUUAUGGAUGUGGUGGACAUCCAGGUUGGGGAUGUAGUUAUUGCCAUGUCAGACGGCGUUAUUGACAAUCUGUGGGAACAUGAGAUUGUCAGCAGUAUUCAGAACAGCAUACAACGUUGGGAGGAUGGAGAGGGAGUGACAGAUAAGCUCGAGGGCGACCGGACAGGCGGCGCAAACGGAGGCAUGAAGCUCGCUGCCGAGGAGCUAGUGGCUGCCGCUAAGAAGAUUGCAACCGAUCCCUUUGCGGAAAGUCCAUUUAUGGAGCAUGCUAUUGAAGAGGGCCUGGCGAGUGAGGGAGGCAAGCUUGACGACAUCAGCGUUGUCGCCGCUCUCGUAAGGAAGCAGGAUACAUGA